AUGGCGUCGAAGAAACUGCCGGCGGACGCGCUGAGCGAAGUUCGUAGCACAGAGCGCGAGGCCAUUGCCAGUAUCCUUGGCGAUGACUUUUGCAUUUUGCCGUCAAAGGCAUGGCACGGCGCCGCGCAGGUCGAGACGUACGAAGUCAUACUACGGCCAGAAGACGAUGCAGAAAAAAAGCGCGUUGCUGUCGUCGCUCAUUUCGCACUUACGCGCGCAUACCCCAAUAUACAACCUGCUAUUUAUAUCCGUUCGAAUGAUCCUCGGACGCGCGGCGUAGAUGCACAGCAGCUGAAACAGCUCGGGGAGACCUUGGGCGCAAAAGCGCGCACCUUGCAGGGCUCGGAAAUGAUUUGGGAGUUGGUCAGUAUUGCUCAAGAGUUCAUCAGUGCAAAUAACGCAGCGCCUACCCACGACUCGGAAAUGGCGAAACUGAGUCUGGAGGAGCGCAUGCGACAUCGCGAACAUGUCGAGCAAGCAGACGAAGAACGGCGCGUCGAGCAAGAACAGGAAGCACGCUUCGCCGCUGAGCAGCAGCGCUCGGAUGAGCUUGCUGGGAUGAUUGCUUUCGAAACACAGCGUCAAAUGGAGGUGAUGAAGCAGGAGAGGCGCCGUUUGCGCAAGACUGCGCAGUUGGGUCCGUCUCCAGCGCCCAUGACCGAUAGCGACGUGGGAAGAAUGCGGACCGCCGAUGCGCAAGCAUUUGAAACGCACCGUAUUGCGCUGAGCGAUAUAAUGCUGGGAAACAACGCGCCCAUUGCGCACGUCGACCGUGGACCGCUGCUCGAGAAGCUUCCACUCGCACGGAUCUAUCUAGCGACGCCUGAAUCCAGUACGAUGGAGCAGGAGUCUAUGUGGUCUGUCGAAAUUACACCCAUUACCGCAGCGUAUUAUGCUGGGAAUGCUGGCGCAAAAAAGCUUGCAGAGCUGGAGGAGGAGCUGAUGAUGUUAAAAAAAGUACAGGACCCCAGCUUGAUUCCAUUGCUUGAUUUUACACGCACUUCUUCCGCGUUGUACUUGUGUCGCACAUUCUUAUGGGCCAGUGUACGCACGCAUUUACUGUCACUGCUGGACGCACUUGCCGCGCUGCACAAACACCAUCUCGUGCACCGCAACGUUUCGCUUCCCAACAUAUAUCUCGACAAGGACCGAGCUAAGCUAACUGGCGCUGUAUACCGGCGGAAGCUACUUGAUCUUCACCGCUCGAAUGCACUCAACGCAAUGGAAUACACCGAGCAUACGCUGCCAGAUGGAUGGCGCUGCCCGGAAGCGAUUAGCAACCCACUCGUGUACAAUGCAGCUCGGGAUAUUUGGGACACAGGACGGUGUGCAUGCGAGCUGCUCUUUGGACAAGAUGUCGUCGCGCGGUACUCGUCCCCUGAAGCGCUUUUUGCCACCAUCCGGUCUUCAGAGACGCAGCAAGCACGUUCCUUUUUGCUGCGCAUGCUGGAUCGCGAUCCCUUGAAACGCGGAAACGCCUCCGAGCUGCGCUUGUUGCUAGAUGAUAUUAGCGCUUUCACAUGGGACGGUGCGUGGACAUUCCAAGGAACGCCGACAACGGAUCCCACCACGCCCAUACGCUCGCUCACGAACGCACGCGUUGAACCGCGCAUUUCCCAACGUGCUAAUGCGCCGCCGGAGCAAAUCGGCUCGUUCUGGCAGCUGCGUAAUCCCGCGGCAUUGACUCACCAGCCCGUGUCUCGGUACAUUAGCGACUUCGAAGAGGUUGAGUAUCUCGGCAAAGGAGCGUUUGGCGUCGUGGUCAAGUCGCGAAACAAGCUCGACGGGCGCUUUUACGCUGUGAAAAAAAUUCGAUUGAGUAGCUCCGCUGCAGAAGAGGAGCGGACAAUGCGCGAAAUCAUGACCCUAUCGCGCCUCGACCAUCCUCAUAUUGUUCGGUAUGUGACCUGCUGGAUUGAAGAGACACAUGUUGAUAGUAUUGCAGCGCCCGGGACAGAAACAAAUUCUGAGCUGGCCAUGACGACGAGCCAGCAAAUGGAUACAAGUGCUAUUCGCGCGCUCGACCGGAUUAUGCCGCAUCAGAUGGGCGCUACUGGAUUUGAUGAUUUCCUAUCUGCGUCCCAGGAUGACUCCCUGUCCAAUCUGGAGGACUUUGUGCAGUUUGGCAGCUUUUAUGACGAGGAGUCUGCGGGAAAAGCGCUGCCCAUGCCCGACUCGGAUAGCGUAUCAUCGUUGAGCAGCCCAAGCAGCUUGGAACCGGCCGCAGCCCAAAGUCAAGCUUACUCUACGACCCGCGUUUUGUACAUUCAAAUGGAAUACGUGGAAAACCAGACAUUAAGCGACGCAAUCGAGAGGGGCCUUAGCUUGGAAGAGGCUUGGCACAUUUUUCGGCAAAUGCUUGAGGCACUCUCGCACAUUGCAAGCCUUGGCAUUAUUCACCGCGACUUGAAACCGAGCAAUGUGCUCAUGUACUCGAACGCCGACAUCAAGGUUGGUGACUUUGGCCUUGCCACGACCCAUGUCCAUGCAAUGGAUGCUGGGAUGCGCGACUCUGCGAUGUUUGACUCCAUGGGCGAUAAAGAACUUACGUCGGGGCUUGGCACAUUCUCGUAUAUUGCACCAGAAGUGCUAAGCGAAAAAGGGCCUGCUACGCGGUACAAUUUCAAGGUUGACAUGUUCUCCCUCGGUAUCAUCUUUUUCGAAAUGAUUGCGAGCCAGCGGUGUUAUACCACUACAAUGGAACGGCAUCACCUGCUCCGUGAUUUGCGCUCUCCGAGCGUAAAGUUCCCUAGGUCUUGGGAUGCUGCACAAUACCCUGCCCAAACAGAAAUCAUUCGGCAAUUGCUGGAUCACGAUCCGUCCAAACGACCCUCACCCAUGGCGAUGCUGCGCAGUCCACUUUUGCCGCCAAAGAUGCAAGACGAGUAUGUAGAGGAACUUUUGCGACUUGCAGCCAACCCUGCAAGUACGCAACGACACCAGCUCAUUGAUGCGCUUUUUUCCAAGUCACAGGUCGACGAGCUGCGCGACUAUACGUUCGACACUGGCUCACAAAGCGAAGAAGACGACGUUUUGGUCGACGUGGUUACGCAGUAUUUGCGUGGCGUAUUCCAGAAACGUGGCGCAGUGCCGAUGCGACCGCCACUCUUGUUUCCACCCAACGAUAUUUAUGCCCAAGAGGCAAAUGUGGUCAAGUUGUUGGACAAGACGGGGAAUGCAGUGUUCCUUCCAUUUGACUUGACCGUUCCUUUUGCGCGCAUUUGUGCGCGGAGUGGACAUCUGCGUAUAAAGCGCUUUGACAUCGCCGACGUGUACCGUGAAAGCCUGCUUGCCGGCGGCCAGCCAAGGGCUGUACUUGCGGCAAGCUUUGAUAUCGUAUCACCGGAUGCGGAUCCCGUAGCGGAAGCUGAGUUGCUCGGUGUACUGGACGACUUGCUCGAGAUUCCCGGCCUUGAGGGCGAGUUGUGGGAGAUCCAAUUGGGGCACGAGUCUUUGUUGCAGCUACUCUUGUGCAGGUUUCCCAAGCGUUUUCGAGCAGGGAUACUGAGCGUCUUGCCGGGCCUACUGUCCAAAGGUACAGAAGCGCAAGUGCGGCAGCAGCUCCAACAACUUGGCCUUAGCACCGCACAGCAAGAAGAGUUGGAUGCAUUCAACCUGCGCGGCGAUCCAGACACGGUUUCGCAGCAGUUGAUGGGAAUGCUCACGGCUCAGGAGCGCAAAGAAGCGGCAGCACCGAUUGCGUGGCUCCGCAGCAUUAGCCGUCUCGCUAGGUUUUUCGGCGUGCGCCGCACGCUGACAAUCGUUCCAUGUCUAUCGUCCCACUACGAUCGGUACAAACAAGGGACUGUGUUUGCUGUGGUGCGCUACGUCAACAAACACCGCGAAGUGCUUGCCGUUGGCGGCCGUUACGACGCUCUGUUGAAGCAGUUUGCCUACCCAGAUGCACUCGGCACCAGCGGCCCGACGCCGCAUGCAGCAGGCGUCCAGAUUGCCGUCGGGAAGAUUGUCGCGGCUCUCGCCAAGCACCAGCAAAUGGCUGUGCCGCGUUUCAUGAGCCGUCCGGAAGAAGAGCGCACGCUUGGGCCGUGGACACCGCGUCGAUGCGAGUGUUACCUUGCCGCGAGCGGCCCUGGCUUGUUGGAUGCACGUAUCCAGCUGUGCACACAGCUUUGGGCGAAUGGGGUGAGCGCAGAUAUUCAGUAUGAGCACAGUGCGGGCGAGUCGCUGGAGAUUACAUCGAGCAUGUGCCGCGCAGAAGGUAUCCUCUUCCUUGUCCUGCUCCGCUCUCAUUCACGGGUGCUCAAAGUGCGCGAGGUAAUUCCACGGACCGAGCACGAAGUAUCCAAGGAAGAGCUUUUCUCAUUUUUACAGGAUCGCAUUGCGCGGCAGCGUCGGAUUGAUCAUCAUAUUGCGCACACCGCCUAUGGUCGCUCUGGUGUGGCAGAGUUGCAUACCAAAGCACCGACAGCAGCUUCGAAAGGUGCAGUGCCGUCGGCAGCCCCAAUGCAGUUUCGUGGUAUUCCUGCGGCGGAUGUCCACGUCUCACUGCCGCCACGUUCGGAGCGGUCUCGGCGCGACAAGCCAAACGAUCGGCGCUUGAAGCCUGCCGCAUGGCAUGCGCUUGCCGAAAAGGCUGCGUCUGAAGCUGGACGGUUUGCAGAGACAAUGCUGAGCGGCAGUGUGCCUUUGUUUGCUGUUGACCUUGCCGGCUCGACGUUUGCACACUUUGCUGCACUGGCCACAGCGCCGGACGACACAUUCCGUGCGUUCUUGGGCGAGAUCAAUGCCACUGCGGACGAACGAGAAUAUAUGCGCACGUUGCGCGACGAAAUAUGCGCGGUGAAGUCGGAGGAGUUCUCGAGUGCAAACAAUGUACACGGCACGAAUGGCGGCACGAAUGCAACGCGAGAAGCAUCCAUGGGCGGAAGUGUUUCCCAAGCGCGUGUUUUAUUGUAUUCUAUUAGAGAUGGCCGUCUCCUCUUGUCAGGCUGA